CAGCAGUUCCCGACGGUUUCCUGGCACAACGAACGAGUGAAGACUUGUCAAGAGUUCAACAUUUCAUACAAAGCAGAUCCCGUCGAAAGUUUUCCAUUAGAGAGAUGAAUUGUUAAUCCCAUUCGAAAAUUCUCCAUCGCAGUAACUGCGGAUAUUAUCACCAAGCACGACUCGAUGCCAUAUACUGACGCGUCGACGAAACCUGCGCAGGCGUGACCCCGAGAAAAAAAAGGCCAACAAAUCACGUCAUCAUGACGUCACUGCGCCGCACGUACGGCCAGUGGGCGGAGCUCAAGAGCCGGGGCGUGCGCGACACGGAAGGCGCGGCCGAGAAGCCCUUUCAGCGCGACCCGCACUUGGAGGCGUUUCAGUAUCCGCAGUCGGACGGCGACGUCCACGCCCACCGACUGCACAGCAGCACCACCGGUGCCAUCCCACUCUUCAUGCUGUCCCACUUCAAUUGUCCCUCCGACGACCCCAGAUGCAAGGCUACAGUGGUGUUCUGUGCCAGCGUGUGGCACUACAUGCUGUACCGCGUGUACCAGGCGGCACAGCAGCACCAGUACCUGCGCGUGCGAGCCCAGACGGCGGCGGCCUUUGCCCAAUUGCCGCUUUGCGUCCAACUGGCCUGGUACGCCGUGCUCCUCUUCGCAUUCUCCCUCUUCUCCAUCGUCACCAUGGACUGCACCAUGUUUGUGCUCAAGUAUGUCUUCUAUGACUCUGGCGUGUACUUGAGACGAGUGCUGGGCAUGGCGGCGACAGGCGCCAGGCUCGCGGCAGCUUCGACGGCGGCGCCGGCACUCAGGCGCCCGAGCGCGGCAGUGGCGGCGGCGUCCAACUCAUCGCCGGGCCCCAAGUACACGUCGGCUGCGCAUCCGACGACGCCACAUUUCAUCGCUGGCGCCAUGAACCAGGCUGGUACCUUGAAUAGGACGCCUUACGAGUUCUCGGACCGCUUCCGCCACGCGUCAGUCAGCGGCUAGUUUACUCGAUAUUAUUCUUAUUUAUUUUCUUUGCGUGUUAAAAGCAUGUUUGUUAAAAUUCGAGCGACAUCUAGCAUAUUUCAGCUGUUCCUUUGCGCGCGCGUUUCUUGUUUGAACGCAGCGUGGUGCGCUUCCUUUUUAUUCCGGGCGUCGUUUCCUUCCUCAGUCUGCCAUGGAAAUUUACUUCGGAAAAUUAUCUUGUCUGCUGUUUUAAGAAAUCAAUGUUCUCUGCGAAACGCCAUGAUACAGUGCAUUGAUGCUUUCGUCAUUGGAA